GCUCAAGGAGAUCCACCAUCUCAUCUGGAGAGAGAGGCUGCUAAUGGGGGCAGGAACAUCUCCUGAAUCCUCAGAGGCUGAUUCAGUCCUGAGGAAACUCUCACCACUUUCCUCCGACUCUGGAAGAGGAGGCGACUGCUCUGGUCCUGCAGUCACAACCUACAGAUUCCCCACAGAGUCUGCACACAGGCCUGAUUCUGACUGCCUCUCCUCCACCACCAUCUCUACGGGCAGCUACAUCACCACAGAUCCAGAGCAAAAUGUGAACACAGAUAAAUCCCUGCCGCUCAGACAUCAUGCAGAACAAGGACAAAGAGCAGAUUUUCUCAUCGUCUCCUCACCAUCCGGUCAAAGCUCGGCUGCAGGCCAUCCUGGUCUGGUUGUAGACUCUCUGUUUAAUGACAGCAGCAUCCAGAACAUUAUAGACAGAUACACAAGAGAGCUAAACAUCUCCCUGAGCAGUGCUGGAAAAACCAUUGAAAGUGAAGGCUCGUAUGUGGAGGAUCCGGGCUCUUCUGUUUCUCAGCAGUCUCUGGUUCGAGUCUCAGAGAGGAGUGAGGAGGAUGAAAGCUCUACACCUCCUCGAUCUCCUCCCUCGGACACAGCAGGAGCACAGAGGAGUGGCCUGGAACGGUACAGUACAGUAAAUCCAACCGUGCAGCACUUCUCAGAUGAGGACCCCUCGCUGACUGAGAACCAGGAGCACGACUCUUUCAGACCUCUGAUUGGCCAUCUGACAGACCAGUCAUCCUGUCUCGCAGCUGACCAGAGGGACUCGGCCAUGGAGCAACUGGUGGGUCAACCAUCGGCUCACUCGUCCAUAAUCGGUCAGCUGCCAGGUGCUUCGGUUUCAGUGAGCUUGGAUCAAGGCGGAUGGGAUUCUACACUGAGUCAUAUGAUUGGUCGACUCUCCCAUCAGUCCAGCUCUCAUUGGCUGAGCGGUGGGCAGGACUUUUACGCAGGUCAGCUGAUGGGUCAGCUGCUGUCGGAGCAAUCGACAACGUGGUUGGAUGAAGGUCCAGAGGAGAGCCGGAUGAGACCGCUGGUUGGAGAGCUGGAUGAGUCUGCAGGGCAGCACAGUGGAAGCUCAGAUGACAGAACCCGUGUGGAUCUCGGUGUCUCAGCUGGGGUCAGUGGGCCAUCACACCCAGCGCUGCCUCCUGAAGCCUCAUCACACAGCGCUUCAGCUCUAGGUUUUAAUCCACAUCCACAGGACCAGACUCGGCAGAACCAAAGUUCUCCAGUAGACCUGGGCCCAGAGAGGACUGAAGUGUUUCCAGGCUCAGACUCAUUCCACCCGCUCCUGGCUGAGGUCACCCACAAUGAAACAACCGACCCGUCCAUGACCUUUCACCUGCCCGAACACGGUGUGCCCUCCUCCCCUGAAGGACAGCCAGCCAGCGGGGAACGCAGUGUUUCCACACCCUCCCACACUGAUGCUUCUGCUGAGUCCGAACCGUCACCUGAGCGCCUCAGAACAGAGGAACCGUCUAACUGCACAGCAGUGUCCCCCGCCUUACCUGAGUCCUUCUCGCAGCUCAUCACCUCCCAGUGUCAUCCCUAUGAGUCUGUCCUCGAGAUGUCUCCCACCAUGAGGAUGGAUGUGGAGCUAACAACUCUGAGCCUGUCAAAUUUAACCGUGUGUGAUGAUACUGUGGGCAUGCUGCAGCCAGAGGGAGCGGAUGCAGACGGAAACUGCGGAGAUUCAGUCCCGCUCAGCGACCUCUGUCCGCUCUCAGAGAAGUUGUUGAAAAUGAUGCAGAGACAGUUUCUGCUCAUGAAGCAGCAGGAUCAACUCCCUGACUAUUUAACUGUCAGAGACAUGAAGACCUGGCUGCUGACACGAAGAAGCUUCCUGGAGGAGUAA